UGCUUUGCUUGGUUUGUGAAAUUGAUAUUCGUAGUAUCUACGAGAGAAAGAAAGAAAGAAAGAAAGAGAGAAUUCAUGCAAUGGAUUGAUGCUGUAGAUUGAUUUGAUGUGGGAUUUUGGUAGGAUUGGGGAGAGGGAUUGAAGCUAGGAAUUUUGGGGUGGAUUUCCACCAGAUGGGGCCUUGAAUCGAUUUGGAUUUGUGGGGUUUGAAGAGGAUUUCAUGAGGGUUUCGUUCUGGGAAUUCCUCCAUUGUCCCUUGAUUUGCUCUUCCAAAUCGUCUUUCAACCAUUGCUCGCCGCAGCCGGUGGGUUCGGAGGCUGCCCAGGUUGCUGUUGAUGUUGUGGAGAAGCUUCAAGAUGAUGAUGAUGAUGAGGAGGAGGAGGAGGAGAAGAGGGUUGGGUUUGUUUUGAGAAGUAGUCUUAAGAAGCCUUCGUUUGAUUUGGAUUCAAAGGGGCCUGGGAAAGAAGGAGUCAGGUGGAUGGAUUUCAUGGGGAAGGAGCUCGUUGAGGUCAGAGAAUUUGAGCCAAAUGAAUCUUCAGACUCCGAUGAUGAAGAUGAUAACAAUCCAGCCUGCAUGUGUGUGAUUCAAUGACCCAUCUCUGUAAUUUUUCUUUUCCAAUCACACAACGAAGAUUCAGCAGUCUCUGAUCGCCAAACUGCAUCGAAAGGACAAACCUGUACAUUUGUGGAGCACAUGUUACACAAACACAAACCUCGAACAAGGCGCUAAACAUCUCAAGUGAAUGUGGAACUCAGUUGAAAUACGCUGAAUUGUAUGAUGAUCUGAUUGUUCUGAAUCACAAUAUUCGUCUGUGUCGAAGGUGGUGGUCCGCCGGCAUUAAGGGAAUUUCUGAAGCUUUUAUGUUUUAUAACUACUGAUGCUAAUGUUUGUUGAAGGGGUUGCAGGCAAUUCAGAAUCACAGAUGUUAAUUGGUGUUAGGAACUCUGAUUUGUUUAUUUCAAACAAUGGUGCCUCACGUACUGAAUGCAAAAUGAAUCAUUGA